UGAUUUCCUUUCUUUGUUACUCUUAGAAUGAUUCAGACAUAUCUGUGAGGCGGCAUAUCUAUACGCCAGAUCGUAUUUGUAAGAUGUUGCCAUAGCUGAUGUAUUUGAAAUGUAUAUUUCAAUGCCAUCAGAACGUAGCUCCAAAUCUGUUGCGCAGGAUCUGCAAUGCCCCUCUAUUGAUCAACCUAUCUAUGAUGCAAAAUUUGGGCGUAAAAGUAAUGCCGGAUGUCGUCGAUAAUAGGGCGUGGGGUAGAUUGACCUGUUGUAUUUGUAAGAGACCCCUCCAUCGCAAGUGGCGGUUUUACAGUACAGAAACCGUUUGUGGGAUUUCAUGCAUCGCGUCGAAUGGCUUCUUUCCUUUUCCUUGUUGUAUUUCUUGUUGUACAGCCUCUUGUUUCUUCAAUUCGUCAUAUAUUUUUGGAGAUUUACAAUCAAAAAUGUGCAGGACUAGAUGUCGACCCCCUGCUACUUAUACCGCUACGUGGAAGCUUGGAGUGUCCGAUCUGACGUAGGAUUGGACGACGACGGUCACCAGCACCCCGUUCCCGAAAAG